UAUUUGUUUCAUGUCUGAAGUUCCUUAUUGGCCGGCAUUUGUGGGUUUUUUUCUUUUCUUGUUCAAAUGACGUCUUAAGAAGGGGUGUGGAAGGGGUCAUUACGUUAAUAUUGUAGAAGAGGAGAGAAGACAGGGAGGAAAAUGACGACGAAGCUACUGGUAUGGAUUGUGGCGGGAAUAGCCUUGUGUUCGGGGUUCCCGUCGAUAACGAAAGGAACGGAUAAGGAAGAAAUAGUAAAAAUAAAGUUGAUAUUUCCGAAGACUGACCAUGAUAAACAUUCCAAGCACAAACGGUCAUCGGACAUGUUCCCAGAGACACUGUCCUUCCGGUUCCGGGUCAACAAUACUGACGUCAUCAUGGACCUUGAAAAGAAUACGAUGGCGAGCGUGCCACCGAUAAUGAGGGUGGACAAACUCCGGCCGAUUUAUGACACAAAACCGGACAUACAGAGAAACUUCGCACUGUACCAGGGAUUAGGAAUGGGUGCCUCGGCUUUGCUUCGAUUCCCUUUUGACGAUAUCAGUAAAUUUGAACUGCAUGCCAGUUACCAACACGGGUCCGAGUGGUACGCUAUUGAGCCACUGACUUUAUUCGAUCGCCGGAAACGGUCCAGUGUGCCGCUUCACACCGUGGAAACGAUGCCGACCACACAAGCAACCACGGCACCAUCGGUAGACGCCGACCAAUUGGUGGCGGACCACAAAGUCACCUUGCUGAACCCGGAUAUACAGAUUGGUUCAUUUUUCAACGACAUCAUCGUGAUACAAGACGACCAGAUGACCUCCACCGAUAAUCCCCUUGACCCCUUUCCAAUCCUUCGUCUGGGAGAGGAGCCCUACUCCAUACCGAUGGUGGAUCUGCAUUCGUUUCAAAAUCAACGAAAUAAAAGACAAUCGACAUGGGAUGACUGGACACCUUCUGAGCGACAUCGACGUAAGAUUGCACAGAAGUACGUCGAAUAUCUGGUCGUGCUUGACUACGCCAACUUCUACAAAUGGCACCAGGUUGCCUUAGGUAACACAGACGACGAGCGCUACAAUAACGCAGUCAACUCCCUGGUCCAGUACUACCUGUUUGUCACCAAUGGGAUAGAUGUGAGGUUCCAGUCAGCCCAAACAUCACAAGGUGACCUCCGAGUGACCUUGGCAGGCUUCGUCAUUGCAACCGAUAAAUCUGAGUCUCCUUGGACUGAGAAUAACAAACUCACUGCCGACGCAGUGUAUGACGGGAAAAGUUUGGAGGAUUUCGCCAAGUGGAUCAACUCACAGACAGCGUCACUUCCUCCACAUGAUCAUGCAGCCUUGUUUACGGGACAUGAUCUUGCUCUCUCUAACAAAGACACAUCCACCAUAGGUAUAGCGUACCUAAGCCGGGUGUGUCUGUCCUAUUCUGCCUCCGUCAACCAAGAGCCUUAUAAUGCACUCUCCAUACAUAUAGCAGCUCAUGAACUUGGACACAGCCUUGGCGCUACCCAUGAUGCAAGUAACUCCGGAAGUUGUUCAAGCGCUCUUCACUAUGUUAUGGCACCACGACUUCCUGCUGUUAACGAGACUCUCGCGUCAAACCCGUACGAGUUCUCGUCCUGUUCGAGAUCUCAGAUUGGCAUUUACCUCAGUAAGCUGGGAAGUGACUGCUUAUCGAACGUGCCGGACAUUCUUAGCAUGGUGACCCUGACGGAGAAACCAGGCAAUGUAUACCCUGUCGAUCAGCAAUGUCACACACUUCCGGAGCAAGACUGGGUUAUAUGUCGGGAUAAGUACGUGAACUACCCCCUUAAAUGGGCAACAAUUUGCUAUCAGCUUGAAUGUCGACGUGUUGGAACCAGCACAUGCAUCAACCGUCGUCAGGCCUAUGAUGGCACACCUUGUGGACACAUGAAGUGGUGUGAAAAGGGGCGUUGUGUGAGUUCUCAACAAUCUUCUUCCAGAUCAGAAAUCUGUCCACUUGGAGACGAUCUUACCUUCGGUUGCCAGGCUAGUCAAUGUUCGGGAUAUAGCAACAUCAUUCGGACGGGAAUCUGCUGUUCAACAUGUCUUGAGUUAUCAACAACAGCACCGACAACUACAACCACUACGCCUACAACAACAACAACAGCACCGACAACUACAACAACGCCUACAACUACAACCACUACGCCUACAACAACAACAACAACACCGACAACUACAACCACAACACCGACAACUACAACCACAACACCGACAACUACAACAACGCCAACAACUACAACCACAACACCGACAACUACAACAACAACACCGACAACUACAACAACAACACCGACAACUACAACCACAACGCCAACAACUACAACCACAACACCGACAACUACAACCACAACACCUUCAUCUACAACCACAACGCCUACAACCACAACGCCUACAACAACAACACCGACAACUACAACAACGCCUACAACUACAACCACAACACCGACAACUACAACCACAACGCCUACAACUACAACCACAACGCCUUCAUCUACAACCACAACGCCUACAACUACAACCACAACGCCCACAACUACAACACCCAGGACCACUACAACUAAAACAAAAGCAACAACUAAGAAAACUCCAAUAACAACAACACCGUCAUCUAAAACAACAACACCCCGUGAUGUGUCAAAGGACCCAUUGGACUCCUUUGCGUUACGAGAACUUAUAUCACAUUUUAUAGCUCUUGCCAUGAUCGUAUAAACAAGCGUCUUUGAGAAUUUGUUAUAUGAUAAGACAGCAGGAAGUAUACAAAGAUGUGAUAGAAAUAUUUUCUGAAACAUUGCACUGACUUUAUUUAUAUAUAGUCUAUGAUGCCUAUUUCUAGUCGAUUGAGAUUAAAAGGAUUUGAAUAUCAUGAAAAAGAUAUAAAAAACACACUUCUUAAUACGGAAAAUAUGAGGUUUGUGAGAUCAUUGAUUCACAAAUAAGUGUCGGUAUGGAUAUAUGCUAAGUUGUGAGGUUGUUUGUAAUUCUAUAAGGAUAUAACUGUUUGUUAUUUUUUCGGGUCAGAUACGAGUUUCCCGAACAGUCCUUAACUCCAGGAAAUCAAACUAUAUUGAUUAUAAGGAGAAAUCUGAAGUGAAUGAAAUUUUCCUUAACCUUUCCUUUCCCGUAAAGUAAGCAAUUUGGCUUUACUAUUGAACAUUCGACCGCGUCACUACAUGAGCAGUGUGCAACUCCACGUACAUAACGACCAAUAUAUAUGAGAAAAUAUGUUCAAUCGGCUACACAAAAUAAUUAAUUUUAAACGCAAUCAAAAGCAAAUCAAAAGUGCUGUUCACUGUAUAUUUUCUAUAUUUACUAAUAUAUCAAUAUAUAUUCACUGGAACCAUAUUGUCAUUUCAAACACGGGUCACGUGGUUAACAUUAGCAACCCACUCUCACUUGUGUUUUUUCUUAGUGCAGUAUUUAAACAUUUUGCUAUACAUCAAACUAUGAUUGGCCUUUGACGGCGUAUAAGGUAGUAUGCAUGCAGUUGGCAACGAACAUAUUCCUUUAUGGAGUGCUAACGUACUCACCUUAGUUGUGAAAUGUCAUAAUAAGGAUACAUAUAUAUGUACGUCGCUAAGGACUGGUCGUUAUACUUCUUAUAUAUAAUCAUUAAGUAUGUAAUGACAAAUACCUGCAAUUCAUAUGAAAACAUAUGACUAUUAAUGUAUUUGGUCAACCGUAACGGCAAACAUAUCCAUAUAUGUUUAGUGUUUUGUGAAUUUGCAUGUGACUAUAUCAAAUAUUAUGAUCAUAAUUCAUUUGAAUCAUGUUUCUUUUUUUAUAAUUAUCUUUUUCAAAGUUCGUUUGCAUAUUAAAUAUUCUUGUAAACAACAGAAUACUGAAACAUAAAAGUUCUUUUUUUACAUUUAAUAAAACUGAUAGGGCUUUACUUGUAUUUGAUACCAUAUUAGGAUUUCUUGAAAUAAAAUAUAAUCGGUAAUUUGCAUUGAAACGGCUUAUAUGCAUACAUGUUGAAUGUUUCUGGUGACCUUUUUUCAUCAACGUUUCCGUAGUCUUAAGAAGGCGGCUACUAUGUUGCCAAACUCAGAGGUUGACAUAACAUUUCAUAAAAGCGUUUGUUUACCUGGACUUAUAUACUAUUAUAGUAUUGGUUAUAGCGGUUCAGAGAUUGUUCACGCUAACUAUUAACGGUAUUAUCUUAAUUCUCUGAAAUUAACAUCUCGAAAUCAUUACUUUUCUGGAGUCGCGAAGUCUAGACAUAGUUCAUUUUAAAGGACAAAGAUCAUUUUAAGGACAAAUAAGUAUGUUUUCCUUUGCUAUGAUGUAUGCAUCGUAUCUACUGUUGAUUUAUGCUUAAUUAAUGACACUGGGAACGGAUUUACCCAAAAUUUGUCAAUUUGAGACGUUCCGUACCUUUUAUUGCAUUAUGUAGUUAAUAGCUCUUCCUUUUUAUUCGAGGAAUACCUUGUGUUGGGGCCGUUGCCAUGCAACACGUCGACUAUUUCAUUAAUGUAGCAGAUCCAAAAUCACGUGGAAUGUUUCAGUCUAGAAAUGUUACCUACAAAAAUGUUGAAUAUUUGAAGAGUUUUCGACAUGCAUGUACUAUGUACUAUAGAUAUAUGAUUUAUUAUACUGUAGAUAUUAUUUAUUUUGUUUUUAAUCGUUAACAUCUUUGAGCCUUAUCUUAGAAGUAUUGUCUCAAAGAAAUGCAGAAAUGAUAUUCUUGCAUAUCAAUGAAACAAAUUUUUCGUUGUACUUGAUAUCAUAUGUCUUAUAAAACAUUGUUCUACACAUCGAUAUAUUACAUUUACCCCUCCUGUAGCUUUCCCAUCAACUCUCGUACUCCAAUCCAUAGGUGUUCGGCUUCUUGUUUUCAUUUAACACAUUUCGUACUUAAUGUUUUUCGCAACGUUUCCUGUUAAAAAUUGAUAAAUGAUUUGCACAUACAUGUACAUAAAUACAGUUUUGCGAUCAAAUCCUGGAAAUGAAAAUGAAGAGCACGCACAAAGGAACCUCAUAACCUAACAUUGCUAAGCUUCGUAUUCUAUAUGACAUACUGGUAUUAAUGAAAGUUUAACGCUUCAAUCAUUUAAACGUGACCUACUUUGAGCGAUCAUAAUAUAUAAAGGUAUUCUCCGCGUACAGUUAGCCGCCUUUUGUCGCUUUACCGCGAACAAUGAACUUAAAUUUAAGCAGAGAAUAAUACAAACUAGUCGGGCAUGCGAACUAGAUGUGUAUUCACCUUGAAACGUAAAUAUUUUUCUUUAAUUGCAGACUUAUUCGCUGUCGAACAGUUUUAACGCAAACCACAGAAAUCCUUUAAUAUAUUCAUGUCCCAUCGUUAUUUUGAUACAAUUAUUUAUCACAUAAUCGGCCUGUUAUCCAGU